AAACACCAGCUUCUUAGAAAGAGUGUCACCAAAGGCAGGAUCACAUUGCAAAAGAAGAUUGGAGACACUGUGCAAUGUAAUUGGUCUCCACCCAUUUGCAAAGGGAUACGUGGAGGAGAUUCAGAAAAGGAGCAGGUUGGACAUUCCUGCCAAGGGCUGGCAGCAUGAGUUCAGCUAUCCUGAAGGUGGAGGCUCUGGAUGCCGACCAUUUGGUCCAGAUUCACUGGGAUGACGGCGAAGAGUCUCUCUACCCUGCCGUGUGGCUGAGAGACAAUUGCCAAUGCCCUUGCUGCUACCUGGACUCUGCAAAAGCUCGUAAACUCCUCAUCGAAGCCCUCGACGUUAACACAUGGGUCAAGCACUUAACUUUGAUCAACCAAAGAAAGGUACAUAUCAUAUGGCCUGAUGAACACAUUAGUGAUUUCGAAGCAGAAUGGCUAAAGAAAAGAUGUUUUUCCCAAAAAUCCAGAGCAAAACUCCAAAAAGAAUUGUUUUUUCCAGAAUGUCAGUAUUGGGGUGCAAGUCUCCAUCUUCCUACUCUGGAUUUUGAAGAUGUUUUAACAAGUGACGAACAUGCCUAUAAGUGGCUGUCCACUCUUAAGAAAAUCGGCAUAGUGCGGCUAGCUGGAGCAGCUGCCCAGCGGGGUGAAGUCGCUAAACUUGGCAAGAGGAUUGGCUUCCUGUAUCUCACGUUUUAUGGACAUACUUGGCAAGUACAAGACAAAAUCGAUGCGAAUAACGUGGCUUACACAACUGGAAAGCUAAGCUUUCACACAGAUUAUCCGGCACUACAUCACCCACCUGGGGUCCAAUUCCUUCACUGCAUAAAGCAAACAGCCACUGGUGGAGAAAGUGAAAUUGUAGAUGGAUUUAAUGUAUGCCGACAGCUCAAGGAACAAAAUCCUAAGGCAUUCCAGAUCCUCUCUUCAACCUUUGUGGAUUUUACAGAUAUCGGAGUUGACUUUUGUGAUUUCUCAGUGCAAUCCAAGCACAAAAUUAUAGAAGUAGACAAUAAAGGUCAAGUGAUUCGCAUCAACUUCAAUAACUCAACUAGAGAUACAAUAUUUGACAUUCCUGUUGAAAAAGUACAGCCAUUCUAUGCUGCCUUGAAAGAGUUUGUUGACCUUAUGAACAACAAAGAAAACAAGUUUACCUUCAAGAUGCAUCCAGGUGAUGUAAUUACAUUCGAUAACUGGCGCUUACUUCACGGCCGACGGAGUUAUGAAGCAGGAACAGAAAUAUCUCGCCAUCUUGAAGGUGGUUACGCAGACUGGGAUGUGGUUAUGUCAAGGCUUCGUAUCUUAAAGAAAGCUGUCAAAAUUGAAAAUUGAAUUUGCUAGCUACAC